CGCCCGUCGGAGGGGCACGGAGCUGCCUCUGUCCCUCUGUCCUGCUGGGCACGGCUCAGACAGACACCAGGACCGCUGCUCUGGAGGUGAAGGGAAGGAGGGAGGGAUCCCCUCUGAAGCCUUUCCCCACCCUUGAGGGGUUCAGGCACCAAAAAUCGGGGAAAAGCCCCAGGGAGAUUUCCCAGCGCUUCCCUUGGGAGCAAGCCCUGGAGAGCCGGAGCCCAGCUCGGUGACGGGGCUGUGUGGGCACAGCCUGGCCCUGCUCCUGUUCCCACGCAGCUGCAGCCAGGAGCUCUGGGCUGGCCCAGGAGCCGAUCCCGAGGGGUUGCCCAUGGAAUAGGCUCUUUCCCGGGUGCCUGGGCACAGCGGGAGCCUGAAGUUGGUCGCCCCGGGGCACCCAAACCCGCCCUGCCCUGGAGCCCCCGGCCUCUGCCAUGAAUGAUGCAUCCACCAUGGAUUAUGAACUGCUCUCCCCGUCCCUGGUGGAGCACCCCGCCGGCGCCGCGGGCAUGGAUGCCGAGCAGAAAACUGUCUUUGCCUUCGUCAUCUUCCUCCUGGUGUUCUUGGUGAUGCUGAUGGUGCGCUGCUUCCGCAUCCUGCUGGACCCCUACAGCCGCAUGCCCGCCUCCUCCUGGACGGACCACAAGGAGGGCUUGGAGAGGGGCCAGUUCGACUACGCCCUGGUGUGAGGGCGAGCCCGGGCCGAGCUCCGGUGCCGCCCCCGCCUGGCCCCGGCCCGGCUCCCCCUCCUUCCCUCCUCCCUCCCUCCCUCCCUCCCUCCGCGGUGCUGCCCCGCAGGGAUGCUCCGGGCAGGGGGGUGAGCGGGGGUCCGGCCCCGGGGAGGUUUUCUAGGGGUUUCUCUCUUUUCUAAGCACUUUCCAGUUCUCUUGGCAGCCCGCGGGACGCCGGGGGUGGGGGGCUGGACGGGGACCCCGCUGCCCCUCGUGCCCCCGGGCACGGCGGAGGGGCAGGAGGGGACGGGACGGGGCAUGGCGGGACCUGCCCUCGGCCCGCGGGGCCCCUGGGCUGGGCUCUGCCCGGUGCCAGGCCCGAGCUUUGACCCCCGGCCCCUGCUGCCCCCCGUGCCCCCCGGGAGUGCCCCCCGGCCGUGCCCCCCUGGUCCAGUGCGUGUCUGUGUGUCCUGUAGCUGAGCUGUGUCCGUCAGGGGUUUCUCGGCACCGGCCCCCCGUGCUGGCUUUGUUCCUCCUCCGCGCCAGUCCCGAGCCCCCCAAAAGGGAGGGGAGGGGGAGACCCCCCCUGUGCAGCCCCCCCCAGCUGUCCUCUCCCCCCUGUCCCUGCCCAGCCGGUGACAACGGAGCCAGGGGCAGUCCUGGGGACACCAGGAUGGGCCAGGGGUCCCCAAAACAUCCUGGGGCAUCCCGGCCCUUCCCCGGCUCUCCCAGGGCUCUGGAAGUGGCCGAGGGGCUGCCAAGGGCCGUGGUGGGCGGGGGGGGUCCUGCCAAGGGAUUUGGGCCCGGGGGGGAGAAGCUCGCCCCCCUCCAUGGAAAUAAAGCCGCACCGUGCCGACCCCA